GACUUGCCAUGACGAGCCUCAGGAAAAGUUGCUCAAUGUUAAUGUUUGACAAGUAGGAAGAAGGGCCCCGGCUGCCAUAUCUUACACACUCUCCGAACAGCACUCGCUCAGUUCUUGUUCCUCUUGAGUGUUUGUUCACGGCUUCGUGGAGGAGCAAUUGCAUAUUCAAAUUUUAAGGACAACAAAUGAAAAACACCAUGGAGGUGCUGGUGCUGGUCGACUUCGAGGGCACCAUGAGCGACGAGCUGACGGUCCGCAUGGGGGACGUGAUCAAAGACGUCAGCCAGUCCGCCGAAGAAGGCUGGCUGUCCGGGGAGCUGAGAGGGAAAAGAGGCGUCUUCCCUGCUAAUUUUGUCAAGGAGAUUCCCGCCUAUCUGAGGGGAGACAGCCAGAGGGUACCACGAAGCAUCAGAACAACCAAGAAGAUGAAGCAGACGAGGAAAUGCGAGGUUACGUACGCCUACAAGCCCAUGAAUGAAGACGAGCUGGAGCUGGUUCCUGGAGAGGUUAUAGAGAUCAUCAAAGAGAUUGAAGAUGGAUGGUGGAUGGGAGUGAAGAACGGCAAAGUGGGAGCAUUUCCAUCCAACUUUGUCAAAGAAAUUUUUGUUUCCCCAAAAGAGAAGUAUGGCGAGGGCAAGACGAGACCCAAGCUCAGCGACGCUGUGUUCACUAAGAACGGAGCUCAGAAAGCAAGCGUGAGGAACAAAGGAAGGAAAACCGAGUGCUGCCAAGUCUUGUUCGACUACGCCGCCCAGGCGGAGGACGAGCUGAAUCUGAAAAAGGGAGACGUCGUUACCAUAAUCCGAAAGGAAACAGAAGAUGAAGGCUGGUGGGAGGGACAGCUGGAUGGGCGUUGUGGCUUCUUUCCUGAUAACUUCGUCAUGCUGUUACCACCAAUGGACAAUCUGCAAUCUGGGAAUACGAGCCAGCCGCCUGCACGAAGCAUCCGAAGGAAAGUCCCAGAAAAAGACGAACCUUCAGCAAUGGAGAAAACUGGUCCGGUGAAGACAAAAGACGAUAAACCAGAGCAGAAGGACCUGAGAAGCAAUCCACCAACCAAAGUCAAGCUGCCGUUAUUCAACAAGCCCAGUCCGCCUCCCGUUAAAGACAAGCCAAUCAAGGCGUUACCGAACAGAACCAGCGAUGAUGCAACCCCCCCCUCGCCGAAACAGCCCGAGCAGAAGGAGGGCGAUGAGUUCGACGGCGUGGAAGUACAGACGGAAAAGCUGCACCAUCCUACAGCAAACAGAGCGAAGCCGCCACAGAGAAGACCACCGACAGCACUGGCCACAUCGGCACUGGAUACCUCAGACCAGACAGAACCAGAGCAGUCUCCCAAAAAGCUCCAGACAGACAAACUCUCUGGUUUCCAAAAGGUCGGAGACGGUCUCUUCCCGUUCCCAGUGAAGCCCGAGUCUCAGUUCAAGACGCCGCCUCCACCCCGACCCGAGCUGCCCAAAGCAGUCGCGGAGAGCAAAACUGUGACCCAUAAAGACGAGGCGACGGUGGAGAGCCUGCAGGCGGAGCUCCGAGAGCUGAAGAUGGCUCUGGACCUGUUUCAGACACGACAUGAGCGAGACAUGCAGGAAGUGAAAGAAGAACUGAAGGAAGAAAGAAGCAAACGACUGGCACUGCAGGAUGAAGUGCAGAGUUUGAGGAUGAAGCUUUAACGCCAACAGACAGACUGACUGAGCGGGUCGCCGGACGCCGCGCUGACAGGCCCUCGGACUGCAAGAUGAACCUUUUUUCUGACACCGAGUGACAGUCGAGGAGGUUUUAAAACAAACCCCCACAAUUCACGGCUGCACUGUUCAGUAAUCCUCAACAUAAGAACAAGCUGACCCUGCAGUAGACCUGCAGGAAUUAUUCACAAGACUCUGAAACAGCAAGCUGCUCAUCAUUCGUUGCUCAUUUGAAUGCUGGAUUUUACAAACAGUGCUCCUGAGUGGGCGAUGGUUGGUGGCAAAUUCAUGAUUUACAUAGUUCUGGUUCAACUGUAAACUUUGCUACUUUUACUGUUGGAUUUACUGUAGGCUACUUCCAGUGAACACUGUAACAUAUGCAGCUGUAAAUAGGAGGAAAUAUUAUGUUUUUGCACAGAUGUAAAAAAAAAAAAAUCUUUGUUAUCCUGGAGGGGCAUCUUUAUGUGAAUGUUGAUAGGUGAAAUACUACUGUAAAUACAUGGGGGCAGGUUUAUUUAUGCGCAGAAAUGUAAUGCUGUAUUAUUCCACUGGGUGGCACUGUAUGUCUGUUCUGAUACAUCAAGAAAAGCAAACAGCUUUUCAGUGAAUGCUGGAUGGAUGGAGGUAACCUGGGGAUAGAAACCUCGCAUUGCAGAACAAAAGAGAAUCGUAGAGUUCAUUCAGAGCUGCAGUCGUUUUCAAGAUUCAAGCAGAUUUCUUGUAAUAAUCUAUAGUGCCUUUAUGAAACGAAAGCAGAUUUUUUUUUAUGUGUGAAAAAUCAAGAAACUGUA